UUGUUUCAACUUUGGUGUCAGAACCACGGAGCUCACAGUGACAGCCAUGCAGCGGUGUCCUUAAAGUCACAAAAAAGAGCUGUGAGCGUAUAAACAACAUAGUUCGAGCGGCUUUUAUUUUCUCCAAGAUGACCGCUAAAACUCUGGAGAAGGUGCCUCUGAAUCUCGGGGGGUUCGAGAGCGUGUACUCCGUGGAGGACAUCGCCACCGGCUUGCCCACUUCGGUUGCUGUCUUUCCCAACUCUGACUUAGGAGCACAUUACGACCAGAUCAACGUGACUGCAGAUUCCCUAAUGAGCGCAGAGGUGAGCGCAGAGAGGCGUUCUCUGGACAUCUCAUACUCCAACGGCUUCCCCCAGCCUUCUUCUUCUUCUUCGCACCGCAACCAGACUUUCACCUACAUGGGGAAGUUCUCCAUCGACUCCCAGUAUCCCACAAACUGGAAGCCCGAAGGAGUCAUCAACAUCGUCUCGGGCAUCUUCAACGUCGCCCAUCCUCCUCCUCCUCCACCUCCACCAUCCUCCUCAUCGUCCGCUUCACCGGCUUCCGGUGGAUCCCCCAGUCACUUUUCAAGCGGGAAUUUAAGUUGCACCAUGGCUGCAGCCCACCACAACCAAGCCGAGAUAGAGCACCACCAGCUUUACUCCCCUCCACCGCCGUACUCCUCUUCCGCUUGCGGGGAAGUGUACCAGGAUCCAUCGGCGUUCCUCUCCACCUCCUACCCGCCACCCUCCUACUCUUCCCCCAAGCCGCACGGCGGCCAAGACGCGCCGGGACUCUUCCCAAUCAUCCCCGACUACCCUGGCUUCUUCCAGCCGGCUUGUCAGCGAGACAUGCACGCUCCAAGCAUCCAAGACCGGAAACCUUUCGGCGCAUGUCCGCUUGAUACAUUCCGCGUGCCGCCACCCUUGACCCCGCUGAACACUAUCAGAAAUUACACUCUAGGUGGUCCUAGCACCGAGGCAGGAGCCCAACCAAGGCUCCCCUCCGCCUAUAGCCCCCAGAACCUCCCUCUGAGGCCGAUUCUGCGCCCCAGAAAGUACCCGAACAGACCCAGCAAGACGCCCAUCCACGAGCGUCCAUACCCGUGUCCGGCGGAGGGCUGCGACCGGCGCUUCUCCCGCUCCGACGAGCUGACCAGACACAUUCGCAUCCACACUGGACACAAGCCCUUCCAGUGCCGAAUAUGCAUGCGCAACUUCAGCCGCAGCGACCACCUCACCACGCACAUACGCACGCACACGGGGGAGAAGCCGUUCGUCUGCGACUUUUGCGGACGCAAGUUCGCGCGGAGCGACGAGCGGAAGAGGCACACAAAAAUCCACCUGAGGCAAAAGGAGAGAAAGUCCUCCACCGUCUCCUCCUCGUCAUCAUGCGGCAGCUCCGCGUUAGAGCGCGCAGGCGGCAUCGGCGCCCCCAAUGCAGUUUGUUCCUAGGUGGGAUAUUUUUACACACUAACUCACCACAUGAAUUAAACAACAAAAAAGAUCAGCCAUUCAUUCAUGAAACUGUUGUGAACUGUUCUCGCAAACCGCACGCGGCUCAAACUUGGCGCGUAAUUGCGCACAACCCUGCUCCAAGAUGACAGAAAGACUGUCACAAUUGCACUUUGCCCGCACAGUCUACUGAACAUACAAUAGCCAAUGAUUAACAAAUAAAGGGGAAUUAACAUUUGGGAAAAAAAUCUUUGAAGUUAUUUAAGGGUGUUGAAUCUAACACACAUUUCCCCUUUAGUGCCUUGCUGUGUGUUCUGAUUUAAGGACGCUUCUAAUGCAAUGUAUAUUUCUUCUUUAAUAUGUAAAGUUCAAGACAUUCUAUUUUUGUACUCAUUUCGUCUCGUGUUGAAUAAAAUACUGUACAUGU